UUCCAGUCUACUACGGACUCAAAUUCCAUGAAAUUUCUCCUAUUGGCAGAGCCUAGGCGGACGGUGAAGCGCGAGGUCCAUACCGGCAUUUCUGGUUUCCCAUUGGCUCUAUCUCUAUAAGGCCACGACUCUUUCUCCGCCGCAGCCAACGACCAUCGAGGCCUAAGAAGAACUCCGGGAAUUGGCGGAAAUUGAUCUCGAGCUUAGAGCCAAUGAGCGCGCAGGGACGGCUGAGGUGAGCGGGUCACAGGGCUGGAGUCCGCUGUUCGGUCCUCUUCCCUGGCCCUUACCUCUCCAAAGCCUUCUUCUCCAGGGGGUCUAGGGUGGGUGAGUCUCUUCCGGCAGCCGAGGCGGAGGCAGCGAACGGAGCCGCCUCCGCGGGCCUUGGAACGCUCUCGACCGUGCGGCUUCAUAAUGCGGCAGGGCCUGGAUGCGUGAAGCUGCCCUCGGAGCGUCGAAUUUUUUUAAAAAGACCAUUUCUUCGUAUGGCAUAGAAGAUGAGCUCUGCCGCCAUGAAUGACGAGCCUGAUGCACUAUCGGUAGUUAACCAGCUUCGGGAUCUUGCAGCAGACCCACUAAAUAGACGAGCCAUUGUCCAGGAUCAAGGAUGUCUGCCAGGCCUCAUUUUGUUUAUGGACCACCCCAAUCCUCCAGUUGUCCACUCAGCUUUACUAGCUCUACGCUACUUGGCAGAAUGCCGGGCUAACAGAGAAAAGAUGAAAGGUGAACUGGGUAUGAUGUUGAGCUUGCAAAAUGUAAUACAAAAGACUACUACUCCAGGAGAGACUAAACUUCUGGCUUCUGAAAUCUAUGACAUCCUUCAGUCAUCUAACAUGGCAGAUACUGGCAGUGUCAAUGAAAUGAACUCACGUCGAAGGAAAGCUCAGUUUUUUCUUGGUACUACAAACAAGCGUGCCAAAACAGUGGUUUUACAUAUAGAUGGCCUUGAUGAUUCUUCUCGGAGAAAUCUUUGUGAAGAGGCCUUGUUGAAAAUUAAAGGAGUUAUUAGUUUUACAUUUCAAAUGGCUGUUCAGAGAUGUGUUGUACGAAUCCGUUCAGAUUUGAAAGCAGAGGCUUUGGCAACAGCAAUAGCAUCAACCAAAGUUAUGAAAGCACAGCAAGUCGUGAAAAGUGAAACAGGAGAAGAAAUGCUGGUCCCAUUCCAGGAUACUCCUGUAGAAGUAGAACAGAAUACAGACCUACCUGACUAUCUACCUGAGGAUGAGAGUCCUAUAAAGGAACAAGAUAAAGCAGUGUCUCGAGUUGGGUCGCACCCAGAAGGUGGAGCCAGCUGGUUGAGCACAGCUGCAAACUUUUUAUCCCGUUCCUUUUACUGGUGACUUAAAUUUGAGGCUCAAAGACUGUAUGAACCAACAAGGGGCCAGUUUUCCAUUGGUGUGGUGAACUGUCAAGUGCAAUUUGCAAUAAGUUAUCAUGAAAAGUUUUUAGAUUACACAAUUACGUAUGCUGCAUUUUACAUUUUAUUGGACGUUUGACCUGUCAGUUGGUUAAAAGGGACAGAGGCCUCAGAUGGAAUUGCUUUGUUUGUGGAGGGUAUUUCUUGGUUUUGUUUUCCUAUGUUUUGUUGCCUCACUUAAAAAAUAUACAUAUAUGGGUCCACUAUUAAAACCAAACCUUUAUGCAUAUGCAGCUUUAAAUUUUACUUCACAUGCAACAUGUCAUUAGGCAAAUUCUCAACUCAAGUCUCAGGACUUUGUUUGCAGGGUAAUUCUUUUAUCCCAAGUUGUACCUGAAUCAUUAAACCUUUUUUUUUGUGGGGGGGAGGGGUGGCUGGGGGGUGGUGGGGUGUGGUUCCUUGUUUCUAAUGAAGGAUGUUGGUUUUGUUACUCUUUACCAGGAAGCCAGAGGAAAAUAUACCUGCUUAUUUUUUCCCCUUCUACCCCUUUUGUUUUUGCCAGCCAUCUUUGCAAAAGUUUAAUUUUGUGUAGCAUUUUAUGUAUUACAAUUUAUCUAUUUGAACACAGUAAUCCCUACAAUACAUUUUAAAUUAUUUUGUUACCCCCAAAACAUUGGUAUUUUGUAUGAUUGGCAAAGAACUAAUUGAGUAGAAGAAACUGUGAUUGUGUUGUUGGUUAUACUGCUUUCAAAGAAUAUUUAACUGUGUGCGAUGGCAUAUAGUUGGCAUUGAUUGCUAUUUAGUCAGGCUCAAACUAGAUCUGGAAAGUUAUAACUUGCUCAAGUGAAGUCCACUAUAGUCUUACCUUAAGCAAGAAAUGGCUUAUAGGCCUUAGUUUGUAAUUGUACAUUAUCUCCUACUAACAAAAAUAACAGUAGUUAAAGCUGAUAUGAACUUGAAAAACAACACAAUGAAAUGAAUGCCUAUUAUGCCCCAGUGCCCCUGCAGUAGAUUCUGAACUUAAGUAUCAGUUGCUUGACAGGUGUCCAUUCAGCAGAUGUUUCCUUUAAUCACCUCUUUGGAAUUUCUCAUGCACAUGCAGCAGUGGGUAUUAUACACAGGGUAGGGUUGAGGGAGGGAGUGAGGGAAGAAUCCAAACAGUUACCAUUUGUGGACAAAACUAGCUUUUGUUGAAGAAGUUCUUUGGCCCUUUAAUCUUGUCUCAUCAUAUCCAGUCACUUUUAAAAACAAUUUUGGUGAAGGUAAGAUUUGUUUUGUUUUUGUAAAUAUGAUGUAAGACAUGUGCACAAUGCUUAAUUAAGCUUCUGAACUAUUUGGAAACUAAGAACAGCGCUCUCUGGAAUAUGACUGACAAACUUCAGUGCUGUUGUUUUUAAAAACCAACACGAAAUGGUCGAAGAUGCUCUCUUUCUGGCAACAUUUGCAACUCUUAUUACUUGGAGCUACAGUGAAAAUUUAGCCUGGAAGGCUUCUUCUUCCUACUCACCUCUAACAAUUAAAAACAUUCACCAUUAUGAGAGGAAAAUUAUUGUGAAAUUAAUACCACUAAUGAAAGUCUUGAAUUCAUUCAUUUGAAUUGUGGCUUUCUGGAAGAGUGAGGGACAUAUUUGCAGACUAGUUGUUUGUGGGGUGUUUUUUUUUUAAGUAUAUCUAGUGUUUGAUUCAGGUGACACGCACAGGCUGAAAAUAUAAGCUUUGAGGAGCAUGUAUUGCUUUAAAUAUGUAAUACAACUUGCUGCCUAGAAUGUUACAAUACCAGAUGUGUUUUGUUUUUUUUAAAAAAUCAUCCUUUCUGUAGCCAUGAAUGCAAAGUUUACUUUUCUGUAUUAACAACUGUUUGCAUUUUAUUUUGCAUUACAUCUACUUGUUAAAUAAUGACAUCCCUUUGAUAGUAAUGGUUCAGUACAAGUAGGUAUUACAGUUUUGAUGUUUGUGUGUUUAAAUUCAAAGUAUGCUUCUUUUGCCAGUGUUGCAGAUCUUGUAGAACAGUUAAGGUAUCUGUAAGGCAUUUCUUUUUUUCCCUUUUUUUUUGAAAUAUAUUGUAAAAUAAUAAAAAGUAACAUAACUAAAAGUGCAA